UCCAACAGAUGCAGAGCAAAGAGUACCAAAAAGAGAUCCAAGAGCAGCAAAAGAUUUUCUGCCCAGAGCACAAAGAUGAGAGGAUAAGAUACUUUUGUUCAGACUGCAAUGUCCCCAUUUGUCGUGACUGCAGAGAUCUACACCAUGAUGGCCACAAACUUAUCUCCCUUGAAAAAGCUGCAGAAAUUGUAAAACCAAAACUUCAGACCAAAUCUCUUGGCAUACAGAGAAAACUUGCAACUGGUGAAAGAAAGUUAGCUAAAAUAGAUAAAACUUUGGCAAAACUACAAGAAAAUGAAAGCUGUGUUCAGCAGCAGAUAAAAGCUCGUGCAGCUCACCUACGUCAACUGAUAGAGCAACGAGAGAAGAGAUUACUACAGGAGCUUCAUCAAACCAUGAGCACUCACAGAAAUAAUUUGCAAAUUUCCCACAAGAACUGCAGUGCCAUUUGCUCCUCCAUCAAGACCACAACAGAUGUAGUAAAAAACAUCCUUCAGCAUGGUGCCCCCAUAGAUGCCCUCAUGUUACAACACCAACUUGGACAGAGACUAGAUGAGCUACAGUCCACUUCAGCUGUGGAAGAAAUGCCUGAUGAAGUAAAUCUCACAUUUUCCACCAACACAGAAGUGGACCAAGAGAUAUCCAGUGGGGCUGGUCUGGGGAAUGUGCAGGUAUCUAGACAACCAGCUUUGCCCAAGAUCAAACCAAAGGCUGAAUCUAAGCUGGAGUUUGACACUGGCAUUACACCAAUGGACAUUUCAGCAAGUCCAAACAGGGAGUAUGUUACUACACAUCUCAUAGAUAAUGAGGUCAAGCUUUUUAGUUCAGAUGGUACAUUUAAGAAGAAGAUCAACAGUGUCUCAGACACGCAGCUGAAAAGUCCAAUAGAGAUCUGUCACUUCCCUGAUGGAAGGAUGGUUCUAUCUGAUAAAGACAAUAACAAAGUGUUCAUAGUGUCACCACAGUGGAAAGUACAGCAAACUGUAGAUAUCAACAACCCAUGGGGUGUGGCUCUCAAUAACAACUGCACUAAGAUUGCUGUGGCACAGGGUAGAGUAAAGUCUGUGAGUGUGUUCAGUAUUGAUAUUAAAGGGAAAAUAACUUUAACUGAUGUGAUAAAGGACAAAGAUGGGAAACAGUUGUUCAAUGCGCCAUGUGAAAUGGCAUUUAUGAGCAAUGGGUGCCUUGUUGUCAGUGAUACAUCACCAAACAAACUUCACAUCCUAACCCCAUCUGGUGACCAACUUUAUCAGUACACAGGACCUGAUAAUCAGUUAGGUCGACCCUUUGGUGUUUGUGUUGACGAAUAUGACAACAUACUGGUUACAGAUCAUGAUAACUACUGCAUACACCUCGUAUCCCCAGAUGGGAAGUUCAUCCAGUAUAUAGCAACCAAAACUGAUGGACUAUAUGAACCAUGGGGAUGUACCAUCAACCAGGAUGGGGAUCUGGUCGUAACUCUACCGAAUGGGACUAAACUUGGUGGGAAAGCGAAAGUAUUCCAAUACUUGGAAAAUGACAUGCUUUAAAAUGCCCAGAAACUGAACAACCUGUGGUUUGGUUUUCUGGUGUAUUUUAUUUUCUAUAGCAGUGAUUUUAUGGCUGAAUUACAUUUCAUAAACCUAUUUAUAAUCAAUUCAUGCCAAAGUUUGGUGAUAAAAAAAUUUAACUAUUUUAUCCCCAAUGAGAAAAUACAGAAGGACAUUUUGUAAUGUAUGAAGUACAAGAAAAAGAAAUCUGUUAUAUAAAAACUAUUUUUUUUUUCAGCUUAAAAUGAUGAAAUACUCAGAAUAUGCAGAAGUGAAAAUGAUAGGUAUGACUGAUGAGUUAAGUUUGGUAGUAAAAAUUAAAUGCCUUGUUGGUGCAUAUUUUUUCUUUUCUUAUUAAUAAAUAUAAGCUAUAUAA